AUGAAUAGUUAUAUGGAAAGUCGACCGGUAGUGAACCCGAAAGCUAUUGAAUACAGUUCAAUUAGAAUGAGCACGAGAAAAAGGAUAAAACUUAAUAAACAAAAAGAGGCUGAAGAAGUUGAAUUGCUUAGUAAUACUUAUCCUAUUGAAUCAGUAUCAUCUACAGAUUCAAAUAGUGAUUAUCAUUCAGAUAAAGCUUCUUCCACAAAUGAUACGACUCUUUUACAGUCACAACGACAACAAAUUCCUGCGCUUCAGGAGCAACAACAAAUACAUACACAAAAAAAUUCGAAAAUAGCUCAACAAAGUUCUCCCCGGCGAACACGUAGUUCUUUAAGGAAAAGGCAAAUACCUGAAAUAAUCGAACAAAGGAUAAGAAAAGCUGGUGGACGUGUACCAUUUUCAAUAUCAGAUGAACAUGAAUUAUAUGAAUUCUUACUUAAUCAAUCGAAAUAUUUACGUGGUAACAAAAUUUAUGAACAAUUUGCCAAACAAAAUCCUCGUCAUACUGCCCAAUCUUGGCGGGAUCAUGCUUUAGAAAAGUAUGUUGAUAAACCUCAUUUUGUUAAAGAAUGGGAAAAAAGAUGGUUUCCUAAUAAAAAAAAAUUGGUUGAAAAUGAUUCCACCUCUAUCAUUACAAAUGAUGAAGUUCAAGUUGUUAUAAUUAACCGGGAAAGAGAAAAUUACAAUAAAGAUUCAUCUAAUGAUAUCCUCGAUUUGGAAGUUGAUGAUGCUGCAGCUGAAGCUUUGAUAUUGAGACCUUGCAUUCUUCAAGAAAAUGAAUCAACGUCAUCUAUAGAUUCAAAUAUUGAUUAUGUUUCAGAAGCUUUUUCCACAAAUGAUACGACUCAUUUAAAGUCACAACGACAACAAAUUCCUGCGCUUCAGGUUCAACAAAUACAUACACAAAUACCUCAACAACCACCACUAAGGCAAAGGCAAACACCUGAAAUAAUCGAACAAAGGAAAGCUGGUGGACGUGUACCAUUUUCAAUAUCAGAUGAACAUGAAUUAUAUGAAUUUUUACUUAAUCAAUCGAAAUAUUUACGUGGUAACAAAAUUUAUGAACAAUUUGCCAAACAAAAUCCUCGUCAUACUGCCCAAUCUUGGCGGGAUCAUGCUUUAAAAAAGUAUGUUGAUAGACCUCGUUUUGUAAAAGAAUGGGAGAAAAGAUGGUUACCUAAUAAAAAAAAAUUGGUUGAAAAUGAUUCCACCACUAUCAUUACAAAUGAUGAAGUUCAAGUUGUUAUAAUUAACAAUGAAAGAAAAAAUUAUAAUAAAGAUUCAUCUGAUGAUAGCCUCGAUUUGGAAGUUGAUGAUGCCGCUGCAGCCCGGAUAUUGGGUCAACCUAUGGUACAAGAAAUUAAUAAGGAAGAAGACAACAAAGAUAAUGAAAAGGAACUAUUUGAUAUCAAUUAUGAUUUGGAUUCUGAUGAUGCUGCCACAGAAGCUUUAAUAUCGGUCCAGUCUGGUCCAAAGACCGCGAACCGGUUUUAA